UUUGGAAUGGCAUCGUGAAGUCCGUUGCUCACACAUCUCCAUGGACACUUAAGGUUCUAUCAUCGAUCUUCGCUUGAUUCACUGUGAGCGGAUGAGUGACUGCUAUGAUGGGCCAUCGUUUCUAUGGGGCAUUCACCACCGAAUGCCUGCCUAUCCUGAGUAUCACUCGUGAUGGACUCAAGUUUGUGCAAGAAUGCCGACUGGAUACUUCGAGACAUCUAAGCAUAAUUGGAUCUUCGCUACCCAAAGUACUCGUUGAUACCCGGUCCCAGGGUCUUUCUACUAUAUUUGAUUAUCGAUUUCCAUCAAUCUCUAUAUGAAAUGUCCUUGGGUUUGGAGCCGGAAAUAACUCCGUCGUUGUGCUUGAUCAUAACUUGAGCCUGGA